UGACCAGUGACCAGUGACCACUUUUGUCGUCUAAACAUAACCUAAAAGCUUUAGUUUUAUUGAAUUAUAGACUGUUUUCAUUUAAACGAUAAAUAAUAUUCAUAUCGUUAAAAAAAACAAAUAAUAUUAUAAUGGCUAAGAAAAUUAGCAAAGAAGAGCUCCGAAGAGCAAUGCUAGAAGCAAAAAAGAAACAAGGUGGCGUAAAGAAGAUUGAAUCACCACUAGCCAGGUACAACGAAUUGAAUCAGCUAACCUGUGUUUUAUGCAAAACUGUAAUAAAAAGUGAAACUGUAUGGCCAGUUCAUUUGAAUUCCAAAACUCACAAAGAUAAUGUUCUUGUAAUUAAACAAACAAAAGAAAAAUUAGAGGCUACAGCUCGAGCACCAAAAACUCAUAAAAGACAGUCAACUACAUUUCAAGAGCCACAGCCAGCAAAAAAAGUUAAAGGAAUAUUAAAAAAUAUUGGAAAUCCAUCAACAAAUGCAAAGCCUAAUUUACCUGCUGAUUUCUUUGAAAAACCAACUAGCACAAGCAAUAAUAUACCAAAAUUAAUGUGUAAUGGUACACAAAAACCAACAAAUGGUAUAAUAUUCAAAACAAAUUUGACAAAUGGACUGAAUGAAAAACUAGAAAUGACAACAGAAGCAACCGAAACAAAAAAUUCUAAAGAUUCAACUCAAUCAACACUUCCAGAAGGUUUUUUCGAUGAUCCAGUUAUGGAUGCCAAGGCUCGAAAUGUAGAAUAUAAAGAUCCAGUAGAAGAGGAAUGGGAAAGGUUCCAAAAAGAAAUCAAGGAAGAGACUACUCAGUCUGAACAAAUUAUUGGAGAAGAACAAGAGUCAGCUGCUACAGAAAGACAAAUUGAUGAAGUUGAAGAACAAAUGAGAAAUUGGUCUAGAGUUGUUCAAAUGGAAAAACUUAAAGAGCAGUUGCAAUCUACAAUGAAAAUGAAAGAUAAUGAUGAUACUUCUAGCGAAGAAGAUUAUGAAGAAUUUUUAGAUUGGCGAACAAAGAAGUCAUAAUGCAAUUGCAGCAAGCAACGUUGGAACCGCACGAGUAGCGGACCUUCGAGCGGCAGAGCGGCUAGCGCUUAGUGUUGUCGGCUUUUAGUGUUGUCUUAAUCCUAAUAGCGGGCACUUGAUUUUCUUAACGGUUUCUUAAUUAAAAAAUGACAAAGAACACGAUGGUGCAAAAAUUAAAAAAUAAUAUCGUUUUUUUGACAUAUCGUCGAUUUUUUGAAAAAAUUGUUUAUAACAAUGACAUAAAUAAAUGAUUUGGUAUUUUACUAUUUACAUUUUAAAAGUGAAACUCUUUUCGCGUCUUUUAAAAAAAGAAUCAUGUCCAUAUCUUUAUUAGUCUUCGAGAAAUCGAAUUAAUAAAAAAAAGUCCAAUAUUUUUUCAACAGUUGAUAAGUCGGCCCCUUAUCAAUAUUUUGAUCUAAAACUCUGCACAGAUGUUGACCUCUGUAUAGGUAACAAAUCUACCAACUUUGAACAAAAUUGGUGAUUUGAUGUUUUAAACUCUUUGAAAUAGCCAAGAAUUGUCCGAGUGGUUCAUAUGUAGAUAUUUAUGUUAAUAAAAUAGACAAAAAAUUGACUUAUUUUGUAA